AUGUACUGGGAAAUAAUCGAAGCAAUUUGCAUGUUCUCUCUCAUAUUCAUGUCAAUCGUCAAAUGUUCCGAUGGAAAGAAAGACAGACAAACAGGAGGUGGAAGCGAUGCGGUUAAGAAUAGCAGUAAUGACCCUCAGGAGAGAACGAAAAAAUCCCAAGAGUCAAAGCCGGUUGCACCACCAGUGAACCAACAACAGCAAGUAAAAUCCAAAAUGGGGACAACGGGCCAGCCGGAUGAUGGAUAUGAAGCUUGUCCAGAUCUCAACUCUAAGCAACUUGCAAAAAUUGCAGCCGAAACGUAA